AUGGCUUCUUAUCAUUCUCUUCUCCUUCUCUUCCUACAACUCACAAUGUUAAUCAUUUGCUUGUGUGGAAUAUCACUCGCUGGAGCACUCAACAAUGGCUUCAGUGUGGAACUUAUUCACAGAGAUUCUGAAGAAUCUCCAUUUUACAACCCCACUGAAACUCCUUUCCAGCAAAUGACCAAUUCCUUUGACCGUUCUUUCAACAGUCUCAACCGUUUCUACCCACAAGCAAAAGUUUCUCCAAAAGCAGCCCAGUCUGAAGUAAUCUCUGUUCAAGGAGAAUACCUCGUGAAGUACUCAAUUGGUACGCCACCUUUUCAAAUCAUUGGCCAAUUUGAUACAGCCAGUGACCUCAUUUGGUCUCAGUGCAAACCUUGUGAAUUUUGCUUCAAACAAACCAAUCCAAUAUUCGAUUCUUCCAAAUCCAGGACUUACAAAACUGUUCAUUGCUCAUCCAGGCUAUGUCAAUCAUUUGAUCUUAACGUUUGCGACUCCAAUGCUGGUUCUAAACAACAUUGUGAGUACGAUAUCUUGUAUGCGGAUGGAUCAUAUUCAAAUGGGAAUCUUGCAGUUGAUACACUCACCUUAGGCUCUACUACGGGUCGCCCUAUUUCCUUUCCCAAGAUUACCUUUGGUUGUGGUUUCAACAAUUCUCUUACCUUCGUCACAAAAGGUUCUGGCAUAGUUGGCCUAGGUCGUGGUAAAUCCUCAUUUAUCUCCCAAAUAGGUCAUUCCAUUGAUUUCAAAUUCUCAUAUUGCUUGGUGCCAUUCUUUGAAUCCAAAUCCACAAGUACAUUAAAUUUUGGGGGAAAUGCUGUGGUGUUUGGUUCUGGGACAGUUUCAACUCCUCUUGCAUCUGGUGAUUCUCCUUCUUUCUAUUACCUUACAUUGAUGGGAAUGAGUGUGGGGCCCAGAAGACUGGAUCUUUUAACUGUUUCAACCGCAACCGGUAAUAAGAAAGGUAACAUCAUAAUUACCACAGGCACAACACUUACCUUACUACCUGAGAAGUUCUACUUCAAAUUGGAGGCUGAAGUUGCGGCACAAAUCAAAUUAAAACGUGUUCAGAGUGCAGAUCCAAGUCUAAACCUUUGCUAUAUGUCACCACCAAAUACAAUUAAACCUCCAAUCAUUACCGCACAUUUUCCUGGCGCGAACGUUCGGUUGGAUUCUUUCAACACUUUUGUUAGUGUCUCUGAAGAUGUAGUGUGCUUUGCUUUCGCCCCAGUGUCAGACGGAGCCAUCUUUGGAAGCUUAGCGCAGAUGAACUUCUUGAUUGGUUAUGAUUUGUUGAAAAAUACUGUGUCCUUUAGGCGUGCUGCUUGCUCUAAGAUGUAA